AUGUCGCAGAACUCGAUGAGGCUCGUGUUCCGAGCCGCACGUCCUCUCCGGCGGCCUCAAGACCCGACGACCUACCUCCGAGCAUGUCGAGGCAUCGCCAACACUUCGCUGCCGCGGCAGCUGACAAACCCCCGACACACUCCUUCUCGUUCGAUACCAUCUCUCGAAAAGCAGACCUCAGGGGGAGUACGGCGGCGACAACGACGCUCCUUCUCCUCCACACCCGCUCGGCCGGCCACCGUGGUGGUGCAGAACCCCCGCGUCGACGAGGACGGGAACGAGAUGACCAUCACCAUCUCCGAACGCGCCGCCCGACGCCUGAAACAGAUCACCAGUGCGCCCGCGCAGCGGAACACUCUCGCCUCCUCUUCCGCGUCCUCGACGACGCCGCGGGACUCCCACCUCCGCGUCACCGUGACCUCCGGCGGCUGCCACGGGUUUCAGUACCUGAUGUCGCUGGAGGACUCGUCCAAGAUCGACAAGGAGGAAGACACGAUCUUUGCCAACGACGACGGUGACGACACGGCGCAGGCAGGGCCGGGAAAGGCCGAGGUGGUCAUGGACGCCGCGAGCCUGGAGUUGUUGAAGGGCAGCACCAUCGACUUCACCCAGGAAUUGAUCGGGAGCCAGUUCAAGGUUGUGGGGAAUCCGCGGGCCACGAGUAGUUGUGGAUGCGGCACGAGUUUUGAUAUCGAGUGA